GGGAACCAGUUUGGAGUUGUUUUCAGGAGCCAAUGAUUCACUUUUUAAGGCAAGUUUAUUUUCUGUUUUGGAAGACCUAUUGAGAAAUCUAACUAACUUCUACAUUUUCUAUAUAAACCUCCCCACAAACAGCCAUAUUUCUCCUCAGAGAUGUUUUGAUUGGAUAACACCACCAAUAGAGUUAUGCCCCUUGAUUUAGCUGAUUUUGCUGUGGUACAUAAAUGACCAUUUUUGGGGUUUGUUACUUAUAUAGUAUCCAGGACAUCCCAUCAUGUCCAAGCUGGUGUACAAAGUUUCCUCCACUGCCAAGGUAGAGCAGAUGGAAGCAGAGUUGUCUGUCCAGCUGUCAGCUCUCCGAACUGAAAUAGAGGAGAAUGGAUCUCCCCUGGAAACACCCUCCAAGUCUUACAGCUCAGUUCCAGUUCCUAAAGAUGUAUCGUACUUUCGUAUGGAGAGAGAGCAGGUCCUGAGGAGAGGUCUUCAGGUGGCAGAAGCACUGCCAGUGGUGCCUCUGUCUGAUGUGCUACAGAGAGAGCUGCAAAGCUGCCUAAGCCUGGAGUACACACCUGAGAGUCUGCCUCUUCUCCUGCACCAGUUUUAUGCAGACCGAUGCUACCAGUUGGCCCAGAUCAAGUACCUGCUGAUGCUGAGAUGGAGAAGGUUCUGUCGUCACUCCCACAUCAUUGAGCAGCUGUAUCCCUUCUACAAGGCCCAGGUAUCAAACCUGGUCAGUGAGUAUGAGGAUGCCGUCCAGCGGGCCAGGAGACUGGCUGUUUCCAGGGAGAAGUUCCUGACAGGGCGGGGCAACCCCAUCAACACAGUCACCCAGGAAGAUGUGACCAUCUACCUCACCUGGCUGGUCUGUCAUCUGCAUGCCUCCAAGACCAUCCACCACUUCCUGACAGUGAUCCACUACAUCCCAGCCUCUGAGAAGAGGGAUAAAGAAUCUUCUGAGGUAUUAAGGAAGUCCCCAUCAAGUUCCCCAGUGCUGGUUGAAUGUGUCCACACAUCUUCAGAAGAUAAAGAUCAAAUCUUGGCUGGGCUUGAGGGGAUGUUUAGACUGGCUAACCAAGUUCCCAUGCACACUGUGAACCUGGAUGAGUUCCUCCCAGAACUACAAAGCCUGGUCUCCUACUUCCGUUUGCCCUACGACACCCGAAACGUCCGGAACACUGCAGACGAGAUGGAGCUCUUCAGCAUGAUCUCAAAGGAGUUCAGGGUGAUCUUCAGACAGCAGGAGGUGAUGAAGACCUUCCUCCAGUAUGAUGGGACAGAGGCUGUAGAGGGACAGUGGGGGACGAAGAGGAGCACCAUGGCUCUGAGGAAGAGUGCUAACUGGAUACCAUACAUUCAGGUGAAGCCCAAACGGGAUCCCUGGCAACAGAAACUUGUCACCAAGCUGAAGGAGCUCCAGUCUUAUGAUGAGUUGCUCAGGACUCACCGCAGGUUUCUCCAGCUGUCAGAUCCUGUCGUAGUGACUGAGGCCCUGAGGGAGCAUGCUUCCCAGGUAUGUGACCCUCAGGCCAUCCAGCCCUCAUCAUCUCUGACAUCGUCACACACCAACAGACACAACACCUUGCAGAUCUGGACCAGCAUUUACAGCGAUGCCAAUCUUUAUCAGGAAUCCAGUGGAUGUGGAGGACAGGAAAAAAGCAACACAAAGAGCAGAACCACUUCAGUCAAGAAAGUAAAUGAAAGCUAUAGCUACCUGAGCAGCAUGCAGCUGUUGGGUUUGGAUGAGGGCCAGGAAGGGGAAGAGGUUCCCUCGGACACCGUCACAGCCAGGGGAGCCUACCUGUCACUCCUCUACCUUCGACACCUCAAGAUCAGGGAACUGCAGCGCAUCUCCCUAGGCAUUCUAAACUACCUGAGGUCCAUAGAGAGAACCCUGACUUUUGACACAGCUGGGAUGAGUGUGGAGGGAGGAGGAGCAUGUGGAGGAGGAGCAGGAGGAGGAAGAGCAGCAGGAGGAGGAGGAGGAGGAGGAGGGGCAGCAGGAGGAGGAGGAGGUGAUUUGGUCAGCACCAGUGAGGAGUCAAGCUGGAUGAAUGCGGCCAGAGGGUGCAGUGGGACAGUCGGAGGUCUGGGCUCUCACCUCUACAGCCACAACACUCCUGUUGACUACAAGGUUCACUGUUCCGAGUUCAUGGAGUACCCAGAGGUGGAGAAUCUUCAUGAUUUCUACACCACUGAGGAGAGAUAUGUCCACACCCAGGACCAGCGAGGGUUCUAUGUGGUGUAUGACGUGGCUCUGAAGGACCUGGAGGAGCUGGAAGACACACUGAUUCUUCUGGGCUCGCACUACAUCCAGAGGAGUAGUUGGAGGGUCAAGGGCCAGUCUGAGGGCAGCAGGGUCAAGGGUCAGUCUGAGAGGUCACCUAGCUCUGCAGCGACAGACCUCCACUCUGCCUGGGCUCAGACAGAUGUGGAUAGAGUUGCAGUUCUCCUAGACCUGUGGACGUGCGAAGCUGCUUUUUUGGAGAGCAAAGUGCAGUUGUUGAACUGCUAUAUGGAGGCAUACCAGCAUGUGACAGGACCAGAGGAGAGGUUCCCCUUGGCUCAGGUCAUCACAGACAUCAUGCACAGAAGGCCUCGGCUACACCUGGACAUGGGAGCAGAGUACUUUGUUCAGGCCUACCGGGCAGAGAUGGUCUGCAUGCAGACACACCAGCAACUCAUCAGAGCCGUGCUGGACAACCAAAUAGAUUGUCAGCGGCAAUACCUCCACCGGGUGUGGAGAGGAGGUCAGGGACAGGAAGCUACUCCUUGUGACUAUGGUCUUCCUCCUAACUAUGUGGCCAAACAUCUGGUGUCCCUCGGUGGUGGCAGAUGUGUGCGCACACCCCUGCCUGUCUGUCCUCUUGUUACCAGUCCUGCCCUGAUGAAUGUGUUCCUUCUGGAGGUGCACCACUCCCUAAGCCUGGCCUCUGAAAUGUACCAGGCCCUGACCCAGGCUCACACUGAGCUCUGCCAGCUCCACCGUGCCAAGGGGGUGACUGAGAGAGUCACCCUGGAACAGAGACUCCUACAGCGGGCUCUGCAGCACUGGCACUCCCUGGAUCCUCCCGGGGCCUACUAUAGCUCUCAAACUCAAAAGGAUUUGUUUUCAGAUUUUUUCAUGGAGGACCCCUCCCUGGUCCGAGCGUUGGGGGUCUCUCUGAUCAGAUCGGCUGAGGAGCAGGACAUGAAGCAGGGGAAGGAGAAACAGUUCUUUGCUGUGGAAACCUUCGCCAAGCUGCUGGAGUUAGUCACCAUCCGCCAUCGCCUUAUGGAGUCAGCAGCAGAGACUGCACAUCUGGCACAGUUAUACAAAACACAAGCUCUGGAGCUGGGCUUUGAUGAGUUCCACCUGUAUGUGCGCCCCGAGCAGUUUGAGUUUGCUGUCCAGAGAGACAAGGCAGAGCAUAGACCUCUGUUUGUUACGGCACUACUGCAGGACGACAGCUGUUUGGACAGGUACACUCCAUCUAAGUUCCCACUGAGCAUCCAGGAGCUUGAUGAGAACCAGAUUGGAAAAUUCAGCUUCUACUCUGAAGAGACAGUAGUGCAUCUCAUGAAUAGGUCAGCCAUAGAGAACCUGCAGGUGACCCUGGCCUGUCAGGUGACUCAGAAGAACGCUCUGAUUGGUGCAGUGAAGCAGGCGUGUCUAUGUUAUUGGUCAGAGACUUUCACAGGCUCUCCAGGGGCGGUUCUUUGUUCUAGUGGCGAUGCAAGCUCCUUAGCUAAGCAGGGUCCCAAAGUUCGCAAAGAUACAAGUGAACCAAAGAUAACUGGUGCAGGAACCAGGGAGAGGCUGACCGAGGCGUUUGUCUCCAUCCAGCUGGAGAAAGUGGGUCCACGAGAUGAGAUGUUGAACUCUUUCGUAAAGAGGAGACAGAUCAUGGGUGUUGUGAUGAUGAACCCUGAUGAAGUAGCAAAAAUCAAGAGGUGGCUGAUUAUUGAGUUCUGUCGAAAAUUCAGUUUGCGCAUGUCCCAGUGUUGUGUGAGAGGGCAGAUCAUAUGCCUGUACCACAGCCUGACCACCUUACUGGACGAGCUGCCAGACAUCCGCCAGUCCCACUUCCUGAUUGGCCAGGACCAUGAGUUGAAAAGCGAUAUGGACUCAGGUCUAGGUGUUCGCCCUGACCCCAGGAAGUUCCAGCGGCGUCCUAGGCGCCUGCUGUCAGCCGACGGCAGAAUGUUCCUCAACCUGUGGUUCCUCCCCCACUACACUGAGGUUCUCCUCAUGUUCAGAACCCUGGAGGACUCGGCAUGUUGCCGGGCUCUUCACCAUAGUCUGGAGAUAGUCUCUGCCCUGCACGACAUCAUCUAUUACCUGGUCAGUUUCGCCCGACUGGGGAACCCAGGAGUCUUCAGCUCCAAGAGAGGAGGAGGAGCAGGAGGGGGAGAGCUUACAGCUGACUGGGGCGGCGCUGAAGGCAUCGGUGCGGAGCUGUGGGAGAUCCAGAAACAGGUUGACUCUCUUUGUGACCCUGGUAGCCCUGAGGCUGUGGGUCGCCUGCUUCAACUACGGAGACACGUGCUCUUCUUGCAGUACGACACCGCUGUGAGGCAUCUCAUCAGAGAGGCGUUUCUCUCCUCUGGUAACAUCGUAGCCUAUCAGAGCGUGAGUGACAACAUGGGACACGCCCUCCCUGCGCUGAGUGACAGCGUCAGAACCAAUCACAGUUCUCUACUGUCUUUACCAGAGCCAAUGGAGCCUUACAGCCCCCGGGCUCAAAGGAUGUACCCAUGGAGAAGUUUUCUGGUGUGUCAUGGGUUGCACUCUGUAGACAUUUGGGGCAUCCCACCCAUUGAGUACUGCAUGCAGCUGUGUCUGAGUGGGCUGGGUGACCGCAGCAGGAUGGAGGCCAAUGGAGCGAUCCUGGGUGUGUCUCUACUAAUGGAGGAUGUCCUGAACAGCGGAGGGAGAGGGGCAGCACCGCUACGUCUCCAUGACAACAAGGCGGGGGGGGGACUCACGUGGAAAGCCCGAGGAAGUAUAUUUACAUACGUGUUAGAAGGUCUUUUCUUUGGGGUGUGUUAAAAUAUAUGGGUUACUAGGUACAUAGUUGCAUUCAAAACACAUGUAGGCCUAAACAUGUAUGUAACAUCUAUGUUUACCGGCAGCAAAAGCACCAUGUAAGCAACGCUGUGAACAGUUUUAUUUUUGUUGCACUGGCUGACAGUAUUGUGUCUUUAAUACUAGGAGGAUGGUAGCAGUGUGGAUGACAGUGUUGAUGAAGAAGAGAAGGGGAUCUCCUCUGCUCCCCUCCAGGACCCUCUCCAGGUGCUGUCUGUGUUAAAGGGUUUCCUGCUCCUCACCAAACAGCUGGAGGUGUUUAAGGAGAGCUG